CGACAUUUGAGAGCUAACAAAUCUCCGUUUUUUUUAACUAAAUUUUUUACAUUCACCAAAAAUGAAAAGACAUUUGUUCAGUUCCAAAGCCAAAAUACAUAUAUAUACAGACACAUCAACGUCAAGUGAAGAUCAAGGAAGCGCGAUGGGGCAGCAAGAGCACGCCAGGGUACGACGGCUAGCUGCAGAGGGUUCGAUCUUGUCACCAACCAAUUCAACCACCAGUACAUCUGUAUCCAAUACAUCUCUUUCAUCAUCCAUUUCACGAUUUCGCACAGAUUUUGAAGAGCUGAAAUGCAAAAUGCGAAUAUUUGGAGAAUCGUUGAGCUUAUGCCGCUGUAUAGCAGAUGAUUUCAGGAAUAAGCUGACGCAGAUGGAGAGGAGGCUCGAGAACCUGGAGCGGCGGCACCGACUGCGGCGGAGCGAGAGCAACUAUUCUGCAAUCAUACAGAAGAACAAAAGGUUGUCUCACAAAACACAACAGGACGCAAAGGAAAAAGCACAUGUGAAGAUGUACAAGUAA